AACAAACCUAACCUUAGAUUUAAUAUUUAUAAUUUCAUCAAUUUAAAAUAAUAUUCAAAUGGAAAGUACAUUAGAUAAUUCCGUAUCUCACCCUCAUGCUUUUUUGUAUAAAUUUAAAGAAAGUAAAUUUUCACAAAAUGAGCGGAGGUUAAAAUACCUUGAAGAGCAGAAAAUCAGGCGACAAGAAUUAACAGACAAAAAUCGAGAAUUGUGCGAUUUAUUCAUCAAAGAAAUUGAAGAAUCCCGCGAAGAUGAAGAAAUGGAACUCGAUUCUACCGAAAAUCGAAGAACCAAUCGAUUAUAUUUUAAAUUAAUGAUAACCGAAUGGUUUUUGGACAUUCCAGAAGACUUAGAAGAAAAUUGGUUCGUUAAAUUAGUGCCAGAGGGUUUUCGAAUUCUACUAGUAGCUCGUAAUCAGCAUACUUUCAUAUACAACAACAAAGGGAGGUUUUUAUUUCGAAUAAAGACCAAUUUCCCGGGAGGCGGGAAUGGCAAAGAAAAUGGAACAACUGUUCUGGAUUGCGUAUGCAACAAGAAAAUAAACACAGUAUUUAUUUUAGACUGUCUAUUUUGGAAUUCAAUGUCGACUAUAGACAGCGAAGCAUCCUUUAGAUUCUAUUGGUUGGCCAAUAAAUUCAAGGAAAAUCCGGAACUUGGCCAAUUCUGGAAGUACAAGUUCGUGUUAGUGGAAGCUUUACCUGCGGAAAGAUCAUUAAUUCAGGACAAAAUGUUCCAAACGAUGACUGUAGAAAGCCAUUCAUUGCUUUACGAAGGCAUAACUUUUUACCAUAAGGAAUCUCAGUACACUUUCGGGUACACUCCUUUGGCUACAUGGCUUGCUUCGUACAUGUUACCAGAAAAACUAGGCAUCGAUAUACCUGAAAUCUAUUUAGGUAAAAGACCGCAGAAUUAUGUGAAUUUGCAACAUUUUGUCGAGAACGAAUCGUUAUUUACAAAGAAGCGAAAAAGGAAAACAAGGACUCCCGGAGAACAAAUGGAAUUGUAAAUCUGUUGUAAAUGUAUUUGUUUUAAAAAUAA